UGGAUCUAUUCAGACAUGUCUGCUGUUCCAGUGAUCUCUGGUGUAAAAGGACUUAAAAGAGCUGCGGAAAGCAAACAUCACCUGUGUCUGCUCAACAUUGAACUCAGAGCUCUCUUAUCUUCAAACACAAAAGACUCCAUCAUGUCUAAUACGAUGGUCGUCACGCAGCCUCAGCCUGUGAUGUAUGUUCAAGGGUCGGAUGAAUGGUCAUCUGGGAUAUUUGACUUCUGUGAAAAUGUGCCAGAGUGCCUUUUUGCUUACUUUUGCUUACCCUGCUUCGCCUGUAAAACUUCGAGAGACUACGGGGAAAAUCUCUGUCUCCCUCUGGCCGACUGGGUGGGCGGCAUUAUCCCGCCGGCCACCAUGUCCAUGAGGGUCUCCAUGCGACACCGUUAUGGCAUCAGCGGCACCAUGUGUAACGAUUGCGUGCUUUCGACAUUCUGUAUGGCCUGUGUCUGGUGUCAGAUGUCCAGAGAGAUGAAGAAGCGAAAGCUCCCAGUCGUUAUGGUUGCUACUAAAAAUAUGUAGCCUCUUCCUUCAUCAUCAUGUCUGGGGCCACCAUCCUCAUGGGGGUCUUAGUAGCACAAUACACUUUAAACAGAAAUCCUUUGAGAAAGAUUAGUGUAAAUAGAAAUAGUCCUCACUUUACUGAGUGCUGUAGUACAACUGUAGCCAUCCAAGCUCAUUGAAGUUAGGAAACUAAAAUGAAGUAAAAGAAAACUGUUCUUUAAUGUAAUUAAACUAUCAUUAACUAUCUAAAAUAGUGCUUUUUAAAUUUUAUUUUACAUUUUUCCCUUUGAGAAAAAAAAUACUUCACCGAGGGGUUUAUAAUGACCACUUAUUAGCCAAAGAAUUUAGUUUAGAGUUUAAAGGGGGUGUUAAAAGUGUGUUUUUGUGUAAUCUCACAUACUUCUAGUCAGGUUUGUAUUUUAUUUUUAUCUGGCAUAAUGAGAAUUUUAAACAGAUAAACUUAAAUUACAUGAAAAUCCAAACACUGUUCUUUCAUUUUUUGUCAAUAAAAUUAAGUGAAAUGCGCAUGA